AAAACGGAUCUUCCGUCAGGUCUAAACGGAAGUAGGUACGUGGCUGCUUCAGCUGACAGUCUACAAUGAUGGCGACAGAGGUUCAGAGCGGCGACCUCGACAGCGCUACGACCAGCCGGCUCGAAGUUUCCAUCGACGGCCUCACCCUUAGCCCGGACCCCGAGGGCGAGCAGAACCAGGUAGAAGAACCGAAUCUCGCUCCCACUCAACCUGGGACAGAUACACCGGCGGACGAAGAGGGCGACGAUGGAGAGUCAGGCAAAUCUGCGAUAGAGAGGAAAUGGGGCUUUCCUUUACUGGAGCUGUACGGACUGGCCCUUAAAUUUUUUAAAGAUAAAGAUGGCAAGGCCUUCCAUCCUACAUAUGAGGAGAAGCUUCGGCUUGUGGCCCUUCACAAACAGGUGUUGCUGGGCCCUUAUAAUCCCGAUGCUUCCCCAGAAGUUGGCUUCUUUGACGUCCUGGGAAACGAUCGAAGGAAGGAGUGGGCCUCACUAGGUAAUAUGGAGAAAGAAGAGGCCAUGGUGGAGUUUGUCAAGCUUCUCAAUAAAUGCUGUAACCUCUUUGCUCCUUACGUCAUAUCGCACAGGAUUGAAAGGGAGGAGCAGGAGCGGAAAAGGAAAGAAGAGGAGGAGCGACUGAGGCAAGAAGAGGAAGAGAGAGAGCGGCAAAGGCAGGAGGAGGAGAGACGGAGACUUGAGGAGGAGGAAAGGUUGAGAAGAGAGGAAGAGGAGAGGAGACAAGCAGAGGAGGAGAGGCUGCGGAUAGAGCAGCAGAAACAACAGAUAAUGGCGGCACUGAACGCCCAGACAGCAGUGCAGUUCCAACAGUACGCGGCGCAGCAGUACCCCAACAACCCAGAGCAACAGAUGAGCCUUAUCCGCCAGCUCCAGGAGCAGCACUAUCAGCAGUACAUGCAGCAGCUCUACCAGGUCCAGCUGGCUCAGCAGCAGGCGGCCUUACAGAAACAACAGCAGCAGAAUGAUUCGUUGAUGCACAGCUCCUUGGAUGCUAACAGCUUUAACAGCGGCGAUGUGACCUCCGCCUCAGCAGCUGGGACGUUAUGUGGUGCUUCACCACUUUCCAGUGAGGAAGCUCCUACGGUCAAUGGAGGCCAGUCGGACUCUUAUUCGGAGAGCAUGGACAGGGAGCAGGAGCCAGAGCCGGCAGAGGAGGUCUCAGAGAACGGGCCUUUAUUAGCAGACUCCCCACCAGUCAUCGCUGCACCAUCGAUGUGGACGCGACCGCAGAUCAAGGACUUCAAGGAGAAGAUCCGUCAGGAUCCUGACAGUGUGAUCACGGUGGGGCGUGGCGAGGUUGUGACGGUGCGCGUCCCCACCCAUGAGGAAGGAUCUUACCUGUUCUGGGAGUUUGCAACAGACUAUUAUGACAUUGGCUUUGGGGUGUUCUUCGAGUGGACAGACGCUGCCUCUGCUUCAGUCAGUGUGCACGUGUCGGAGUCCAGCGACGAAGACGAUGAUGAUGAAGGUGAUCCUCCCACUGAGGGGGAGAAGGCAAAGAAGGAGGCAGGGAAGCCUCACGUGGAUGAGAUUGUGCCGGUUUACCGGCGGGACUGUCAUGAGGAAGUGUACGCCGGCAGCCACCAGUACCCUGGCCGUGGAGUCUACCUGCUAAAGUUUGACAACUCCUAUUCCCUUUGGCGCUCCAAGAGUGUUUACUACAGAGUCUACUACACCAGAUAAGCCUGACUAAAGACACAGGGAGAGUGUUUGUUCAUAUUUUGUGUGUGUAGGUGGAGAUGUAUGUAAAAGGCAGGCUGUAUCUGUGUACGAAGGACUAAUUGAACCGUUAUGGAGGAAUAAAACCACCAGGGGGAGGCAGAGAGACACAUCGGGAGCCCUUAAACUGGAGAUUUCACUGAUGUAUUCUGUUUGUGCUGGCCUGAAACAAGUUCCAACCAUGCUACACAUCUUGUUUGAGCCUUUUUGGGGAAAAAAGAGUGUGCAUUCCUGUUGUAAAUUCACUAACUGACCUUGCUGCACUUGCAUACGCAAAGCUGUAGGAGUGUCCUCUAAACUUGUGUUUCACCACUUUCCCCCUCUGCCACCCUGGACUCCUCCUUCUCCUGCUGACCACACCGGCCCAGGACUUCCCAGCGUGGCCUUGUGUGACUGACGCCCUUAAAAACGAAUGGAAACUCGGCAUGUCCAACACUGUGAGCCGACUUUUCCUGUUUGUCGGAAAUAGUGGUCAUGUGUCCCCCUCAGCCCCCUUUGAGAACACAGAUGAUUCUGGAACUCCAGCGAUACUGCGAAAUGUGCUUCAUAACACUAUGCCUUUUCCAGAGACCCUCUGGUUCGCUUAAAUACCACAUUAAAAUCAUCAGUGUACACAAACAUAGUCACUGUUUUUGUUGUGAAACCAUAAUGUGUUCUGUUCCAUGGUUACUAAGCUUAAGUAAAGUCCAGGGAGGAUCGUUUAGCUAAGGCAGAAGAGUUUUCAGAUUACUGCUUCUUGUACAUUUUUUUUUAUCUUCAUAACUUGAUUCUGUAUGACAGGCAUAUUGCAACAGCAGUACAUUUUCUUUAAUGGAGACUGCUGGCCUAAUUUAUGAAGGACAAGUGAUAAAACAGUAUGUUCACCUGAAGUGUCAGCCUCUUCGGCUUGUGAACUAAUUCAUCUAAAUACAAGGUGCAGAAAAAACUUUAAAGUCCAGUUACUUCUAAAUGCAGUUUUUUAUUUUCAGGCAGCUGUUUCCUCUCUCCUUUUCCACAAUGGGUCCUGCGUCUGACUAAACUAAAACACAAAUCCCUUAAAAAUCACUUUAAAUGAGAUGGUGUCAAUAUUACUUGAGAGAGUUGUGUUUGACUCCAUUGUAGGUAAUCUGUAGCCCGAGCAACAAUCCAAGUUCCUUCAGGUCACGACACUUAUGUUACAUCUGCGCAGAAAUCGGUGUUGCAUAAAUGCUGUUCCUUUUCUACUCUUCCUGGUGUGGAUUCCCUCACAUGCGCACCGAUCUUCAUCUCUCGUGUUUGGAAUAAAAGUGAGAUGACUGGCUUGUGUUCUGCAUUCAAAUUCAUCUCCAUUUAUGCAUCCACAUGUUUUUUGUGUCUGCUGAAUUGUGCUCUCAACGUUUGUUUAAACUUGGGGUUUGUUAAAUGGCUGAAGGAAAAGGGUUCUUUCUUUUUUGGCUUUAUCACACUGUGCAUUGUGUGUGUGUGUUUAUCCAAAGGCAAAUAAGGGUUUGUUCACGAGUUUCCAGUAAUUUAAUAUGCCUGACUCUAAUGCAGUUAGUGAAUUGUGGAUCAAAUUGUCACUACAUAUGGCUCAGUCAACGCCAUUCCUGUACCUACAGAUGUGUUUCUGUCGAGUUUCUUAUUUCUAACAAGUUUGGUUUUAUGUGGUCAAGCCUUGUCUGUAAAUAAUUAAAUGAAUGGGUUUAUGUGUGGGGGUUUAAGACUUGGAGGAAGGCGAUGGUUUUGGAAAUCAAUGCACUGUACUAUAAGGUGAAUGAGAGUUUCAUUUUGCCCAAUGACUUGUUAAAAGGACAAAGGUAUAAGACUAUUGGUAUGACUGAGAAGCUCAUCUUCUUUACUUUAAAGUUUUAGGUUUUGUUUUUUGAAUUCAUAAGUUGCAAAAUCAUUUUGGGCAUAUAUUUAAUCUUGAUUAAACUUCAUCUUCUGAC